AGCCGCGAGGCGUUCCGGAGCAGGAUGAACAGGAACAUGCAAGCGUUUGCGGCGCACACGCUGCGGAUGCUUUUGGAGAGGGUGCAGCGGUACACGGGCAAGCGUAAGCUGAUGGACAGCGCCCACUACGGCCAGGAGCCUCCCUGGAAGUGGGAUAGGCGGCAUCCGUUGUCCGACGUAUUUCUUUAUCUUGAUUCACGGUGAUCUUGGUAAUUUAUUGGGCUGAACGGAGUCUUUGUCGCGGAGCGACUAACGAUGCCUUCGUGGCGUGUAUAGAUCGGCUGAUAGCAGUGAGACACUGUUGUUCAGCAGCAGAGCACAGCGGUAGUGCUGGUCAUCUGCGUCAAGCGAGCAGAUGAAGGUACGCAACAAGGAGACGUUUUGAAUAACGACACGCACGACGAUACUAACCGCUCGCCGGAAGGUUCAUUUAGCAGGGGGGGUAUAUCUACGUCUUCUGAUGCUUUCAUCUUAUUCCGGGUUACGGGAAUGUUUAUAGCCUCGCCUGUUGACGGUGUAUAAUUUUCUUGUGUACUGAGGCUGAUGCAAUAGAUAUGUAUUGGUGAUGGUUGUACAACAAUUAUACGCCGCCGGUUACGAUAACAAAUACAAGACAA